AAUGAUUUUUGUCGGCCACAAAUUUGCGUGGAAAUUGAUUCUUGCAAUCAACUGACAAGAGUGAGUGAGCUCUAAGUCGUUACUUAUGGUUAUGGCAUCAUGAGACUGUAAAGUGGACCAGUUUAUACAACGUACAUGUCUUAACUGGAAUAGGACGGACAACACAUUAUGAAAUUCAGAAAAUAAAAAAGAUUUCAUAGUCGUCAUCUUAUUAUUACACUAUGAAUCUUUGUAUACCUGAUUGUACUAGGGUAUAAUUAGGGAUGUCAAAUAGACGGAUUGUCAAUGGACGACCGGUGUCGUGUCCAAAUUAUUAUGGGUUAAUAUGGACACAUCCAUAUUGGAUCAAAUUUAAAUGGUACAAAUGGACAAACUCAAUUGGGUUCAUGGACAAAACCGAACUGAACAAUCUGAACAUUGAGCAGCCCAAAUAGCUAAAAUAUCUAGGUUCAAAAAAUUAAGAAAAAAUAACAGUUUUACUUAGUCUUACCAAAAUCAUAAAAUCAAAUUUAUGCCAAAACCAAAAAAUUGUAUUUUCUCGUCAAAAUUGUAUUUUUUUCAUUAAAACCAUAAAAUCGCUUUAACCUGCUAAAACUGCAAAAUCACAAUUUUCCGUUAAAAUUAUAUUUUCUCCGUCAAAACCGCAAAAUUGUGUUUUUCCGUUAAAAUUGUAUUUCCACCAAAACUGUAAAAUCGCAAUUUUCCGACAAAACCGUAAAAUCGCAUUUUUCGCCAAAACGGAAAAAUCGUGUUUUCUAUCAAUACCGCAAAAUCGUGUUUUUCAGUCAAAACUGUAAAAUCGUAUUUUUCCACUAAAACUGCAAAAUCACAUUUUCUCAUCAAAAUCGCAAAAUUUCAUGAAACUGAAAGUCAUAUUUUUCAUCAAAAUCACAAAAAUCCGAAAAUUAAGUUUUUUUGUCAAAAUCACAAAAAUCGUGUUUUCCGCCAAAACCGCAAAAUUAUGUUUUCCUAAACCGAAAAAUCACAUUUUUUUUUAUCAAAAAUCACCAAAAUUUCAAAAUCAAUUUUUCCCAUCAAAAAAUCUAAUUGCAAAAUUAUAAACUUUAACUCUAUAAUAUAUACGGAAUUUAAUAUAUUUCCAUUUUUACAAUAAAAAUUAGGUUAUUUAUACUAAAUAGGUGUCUAGUCUCAUGGACAGUCCAACUGUUUAUGGUUUUUUUUUGGGUAUGGUCUUAUACAUGGUCUUAUUUGGGUCUCGACCAAAACGUCCGGCAAAAAGACACGCCCCGUAUGGACACGCCGAGAUGGCCCAACUCCCAUUUGACAUCCCUAUCCCUAGGUAUAAUGAUAGAUAAAUGGUGAUCCGAUAAUCAAUAUAGAAGACAUGUUAGGUAGAUCCACUGACUACGCUGGCCCACAAAUUUCGUGUGGAAAAGUGAUACCUAUGUUCCACGAUGGUAACUUUCUUUCUUCUUCAGUCAAUGGGAUAACAGUUCCGUGUUGGUACGUACAAAAGAGUCGCUCGGUUUAAUUCUUUCUACUCACUAGAAAGCAGCUCUGAGAUCUUGAUCCUCUCUUCAUCAUACUAGUAUGGAUUCUUAUUUAUCUCUUUCCAGUGUUUCUGCUGCUGCAAUCUGCUUCUACGCCCUUUUGGGUACAGUAUUUUUCAACAGGAAAUCAAGAUCCCAUCAAGAAAACAAAACAAUGGCUUCUUCUUCUUUAACUCGUUUGGCUCCUCCGUCUUCUUUGCCUCCCAAUUGUAAACACCAAGUCUUCCCAAGCUUCCACGGGGUAGAUGUCCUCGAAAACUUUCUCAGCCACAUUGUCAAGGAGUUCAAGAGCAACGCAAUCGACCUAUUCAUUGACAAUAACAUAGAGAGAAGUAAGUCAAUCGGUCCCGCGCUCAUAGAAGCUAUUAGAGGGUCGAGGGUUGCUAUUGUCUUGCUCUCGAAGAACUAUGCUUCGUCUACAUGGUGCUUGAACGAGCUGGUGGAGAUCAUGGAGUGCAGAGAAGAGGUUGGUCAAACAGUGAUAACCAUUUUCUAUCAAGUGAAUCCAACUGAUAUAAAGAAGCAGAAGAGCUAUUUUGGGAAGGUCUUCAGAAAAACUUGUAAAGGCAAAAGAAAUGAGGAGAUCCAAAGAUGGAAACAUGCUUUGACAGAUGUGGCCCAAAUCGAAGGUUAUCAUUCAAUAAACUGGAAGAAUGAAUCAGAGAUGAUUGAAUAUAUUGCCACUGAUGUUUCGAACAAGUUGAACCUUUCCGCACCAUCCAGUGAUUUUGACGGCUUCGUUGGCAUGAAAUCCCAGAUGGUAACUAUGGGACCAUUGUUACAGCUAGAUUCAGAAGAGGUGAGAAAAAUAGGGAUCUUGGGUCAGCCUGGGAUCGGUAAGACCACCAUUGCUAGAUAUAUAUUCAACACAUACUCUCGAGAAUUCCAACUGAGUGUAUUUAUGGAUAAUAUCAAAAGAAAGUAUGCAACAACAGCUUGUUCUGAUGACUAUAGUGUGAAGUUGGAUUUACAAAAACAUUUUAUGUCUCAACUAACCAAUGUGACAGAUAUCAAUAAUUUUUCACAUUUGGGAAUUGCCAAACACAGACUGAAAGACAAGAAAGUUCUUGUCGUUCUUGAUGAUGUGGAUCGGUUAGUCCAAGUGGAAGCCUUUGCGAAAGAAACUAAUUGGUUUGGUCCAGGGACUCGGAUUAUAAUCACAUCACAAGAUCAAAGGGUUUUAAAAGCAAGUGGGAUCAACCAUAUUCACAAGGUGAAUUUUCCAUCAGAUGAUGAAGCUCUUCAAAUGUUCUGCAUGUAUGCUUUUGAUCAGAAAUACCCAAAGGAUGGUUUCGAGGAGCUGGCUUGUGAAGUUGUGAGUCUUGUAGGUAGACUUCCGUUGGGGCUAAAGGUUAUGGGAUCCUAUUUUCGGGGAUCGUUUGAGCAAGAGUGGACAGAGGCACUACCAAAGUUAAGGACUCACCUUGACCGAGAUGGAGAAAUUGCGAGCAUUUUAAAGUUUAGUUAUGAUUCCUUAUGUGAUGAAGAUAAACGUUUAUUUCUUCAUAUUGCCUGCUUUUUCAAUUGUGAAAAAGUUGGUAUAGUGGAAGACUGUCUUGCAAAAUGUUUUUCGGAUGUCAGACAUGGGCGUGGUGUCUUAGCUGAAAAAUCUCUUAUAUCUAUAAAUAUGGAUUGGGGAACAAUAGAGAUGACCAAGUUGCUAGUCCAACUGGGAAGAAAAAUUGUGCGAGAACAAUCGGUUAAUGAGCCUGGAAAACGACAAUUUUUGAAUGAUGCAAUUGAGAUUUGUGAAGUAUUGAGUGAUGAUAGAGCCGACAGUAGCAGCGUCAUAGGAAUAAAUGUUGAGACUUAUGAAGACGUAGAAUGUACAAGUGAAAGAGCCUUUGAAAGAUUGUAUAAUCUUCAAUUCUUAAGAAUCCUUGGCAAAGGCGUUAAUCCUCAAAGUAUUAACCACAUAUCCCAAAAACUUAAAGUACUUAUUUGGCUGAAUUCCGAGAUGACAUGUUUUCCUUCAAAUUUUAAUCCAAAGUUCCUAGUCAAACUAGAGAUGAUGAAUAGCAAGCUUAAGAAAUUGUGGGAAGAAACUAAACCUCUCAAUAAUCUCAAGUGGAUGAAUUUAAGUCGUUCAAGAAGAUUGGAAGAGCUUCCAGAUCUCUCAACUGCCACUAAUCUAUAUGACCUGGAUCUCUCAUAUUGCUCAAGUCUCGUGAAACUCCCUUCUUCUAUUGGGAAUGCAAUUAAUCUCCAAAGUCUGCAUCUUAGUUUUUGCUCAAAUUUGGUGGAGAUCCCUCCGUCUAUUGGAAAUGCAGUUAAUAUAAAAAAAAUUUCUCUCAUUCACUGCUCAAGUCUUGUGGAGAUUCCUACAUCUAUUACUACAAUCACUAGUCUCACAUCUCUUGAUAUCAGUGGAUGCUCAAGUUUGAUGAAGCUUCCUGACAACAUUGAAACAUUCACUGAACCCAAUCACAUUAAUCUCAGUGGUUGUUCAAGCUUAGUGGAGAUUCCUUCCUCUAUUGUGAAUGCAAAAAAUCUCCAGAAAUUGGAUCUUAGUAAUUGUUUAAGCUUGGUGGAACUCCCUUCCUCUAUUGGGAAUGCAAUUAAUCUUCAGAAAUUGAAUCUCAGUCAUUGCUCAAGUUUGGUGGAGCUCCCUUUCUCUAUUGGGAAUGCAACUAAUCUUCAAGAACUGAAUCUCAGUCAUUGUUCAAGUCUGGUGGAACUCCCUUCCUCUAUUGGGAAUGCAACUAAUCUUGAAGAACUGAAUCUCAGUCAUUGUUCAAGUGUGGUGGAGCUACCUUUCUCUAUUGGGAGUGCCAUUAAUCUUCAAAAAUUGGAUCUCAGCCGUUGCUCAAGCUUGGUAAAGCUCCCUUCCUCUAUUGGGAAUGCAAUUAAUUUUCAUAAAUUGAAUCUCAGUGAUGAUUGGUCAAGUAUGGUGGAGCUUCCUUUUUUUAUGAGAAACCUUGAUAGAUUGUUGAAAUGCUCAAAGUCAGAGGUUCUUCCGGCUGACAAUAACUUUCAAUCUAUCAAUCUCUCGGACGAGUCUUCGUUUAAAAUUUGUCCUGAUCAGAGUUCCACAAUCAUACGAGAGCUUGAUCCAUGGAUCUGGAGAAUAUCUCAUCUACGUACACUUGUACUAAACGGAAUGAAGAAGCUGGUAUCACUCCCUCCGCUUCCAGAUUCGCUAUUGUUCUUAGAUGCAGAAGAUUGUGAGUCCCUGGAGAGACUAGAUUGCUCCUUUGACAAUCCAGAUAUUUGUCUCAACUUUGUUAACUGCUUCAAACUAAAUCAAGAAGCAAGAGAUCUCAUCAGCCUGACGCCGACCAAUGGAUAUGCAGUCUUUCCCGGUACAGAAGUGCCUCAGUGCUUCACUUACCGAUCAUCUGGGAGUUCCUUAACUGUGAAGUUGAUUCAAAAGUCUCUUGGCAUAUCAACCAAAUUUAAGGCUUGCAUCUUAAGUGCGGAUUUGGAGGGAAAUAACUUUCCACAUUGGUCACAAGCAUCGGUUUGUUGUGGCAUCAUUAAGAUUUCUAGACAUCUUGAAUAAUAAAUGAGAUUAGAAAGAGAUUUGAGAGGAUUAUUAAAGAGAUUAGAGAUUAGAGAUUGGAGAUUAAUGAGAUUUGGAAAUGAGAUUAAAGGCUAGAGAGAGAAUUCAAAGAUGACCAGAGACUUUUUAUUAUCUUGCUUGAAUCUUAAUGAAGAGAUUAUAAAGUUUAUAUAGAGAGGAUACAAGGGUUUUAAGAGCUUGAGAAAGGCUGUCAUGGGCUUCUUCCUUUCUGGGCCGAGUACUGUAGCAACAGUCUCAAGUCUGGUGCCUAACUUCUCAAGUCUGGUGCCUUUGAUAUCCUUCUUUCAUAUAGCUUGAUCUCUUCAUCUCAACACUCCCCCUCAAGCUUGACCAUG